GUCACCCUCUCCCUUGUUCUCAAAGCAUGUCCCGAUCUCAAAGCUCUUGGUUUGGUUAUGGGUGUUCAUGCUCAGUCUAUAGCAUUCGGCUUUCGAUCCGAUACUCUGGUGCUGAACUCGUUGAUCCACGGCUAUGCUGCUUGUGGGUCCGUCGGAUCUGCUCACGACGUGUUUGAUGAAUUGCCUGACAGAGAUCAAAUUGCUUGGACUGAGCUGAUAAAUGGUUACGUUCGUAGUGGCCGUGCUAAGGAGGCUGUCGACCUGUUCUCUCGAAUGAUGGAAGCAAACGUGAGGCCUGACGGGAUUAGCAUUGUGGCUGCAUGCACCGCUUGUUCGCAGCUGGGUGAUCUGAGCUUGGGUAGGAUACUGGAAGGAUUAGCAUGCAAGAGGGGGGUGAAGGACAACACUAAUGUGGUCAAUUCAUUGAUCGACAUGUACAACAAGUGUGGGAGCAUCGAUGAUGCUUGGAAAUUGUUCGAUGAGAUGCCCCACAAAGAUGUGGUUUCUUGGAACUCCAUGGUUGCUGGGUCGGCGAGGACUGGCGACAUGGAGGCUGCACAGAGUCUGUUCGAUCAAACACCAAACAAGAAUGAAGUGUCCUGGAGUUCACUGAUCAAUGGGUACGUGCAAAACGAUCGCUUCGAGCAGGCUUUGAGCACGUACAAGGAGAUGAUCGACGCCGGUGUAGCAACCAACGAAGCAGCUAUUACCGGCACCGUCACUGCUUGUGCUCAUCUAGGUGCUCUUCACUUGGGGCGGCAAAUACACCUGAGCUUGGACGAGAGCAAGCUCUGCCAUGACACCGUCUUGAGCACUGUGCUUGUGGAUAUGUACGCCAAGUGUGGCUGUUUAGAUACGGCUCGUUCUCUGUUCGCGAGGAUGGUGCACAAGAGCCAGGUCUCAUGGAAUGUGAUGCUGGUGGGAUUGGCCAUUCACGGGAAAGCAGCCGAAUGCCUCGAGCUCUUCUCGGAGAUGUCCAAGGAUGGCACAAGGCCAAGUAGCACCACCUUCGUUGCAAUUUUAUCGGCUUGUGCGUAUGCUGGAUGGAUCGAAGAAGGAAGAGCCUUCUUCGAUAAGAUGACCGAAUCCUAUGGGAUUACUCCUCGCACCGAGCACUUAUCUUGCAUGGUUCAUCUGCUGGGAAGAGCUGGGCAUGUUCCCGAAGCAUGUGAUCUUGUUAGAGCUGCUUCCCAUAUCGAACCAGACGUGGCAACUUGGGGAGCUCUACUGAGUUCUUGCAAAAGCCAUGGCUACGCAGAGCUUGCAGACGUCGUUGCAGGAAAGAUGCUCGAGUUGGAUCCUAGCCACACCGGAGCUUAUGUGCAGUUAUCAAGUAUGUAUGCUUCUGAGAACAAAUGGAGGGAAGUGGUGGAGAUCCGAAGGGUGAUGAAGGGGAGAGGCGUCAAGAACCGCCCAGGAUGGAGUUGGUUCGAGCUGGAUGGGACCGUCCACGAAUUCCUGGUAGGAGUGAAUUGGCACCCGAGCAUGAGAGAGAUUUAUGGUGCACUACAUGCAAUAGAUCUCCACAUAAAUGCAUGAUAACUGUUUGGUUGAAUGCACAGAAUAGUAGUUUUUCUGGUAUUAAACCAAAGCUAUGCUAUCUUGUGAUCUAUUUUCCUGUUUUAUUUAUAGAAUAGCACAACAUGUUGUCAGCCAAAUCCUUUUUAACUGAUCUGUGUCUUUUGUUCCUUGUUUGUUUUAGAGCAUCCUAAUUUAUCCAAGUUUCUGGCUACAAGGAAGUCAAAAA